AGAUAAUCAGAGCAUCAUGAUGGCUUCCGCUUGGAGUUUCGGUAGCCUAAGUGGUCGUCUAAAUUGGAGCUUUUCUGGUGGUGCUAAUAGAAGUUCAUUCCACAAUCGCAAUAAGUCAACCAGAAAAAGUUUAACUUCAGCUCAGCAGCGGCGAUCCAAAACUCAAUGGCACACGCCGCUCACCAAUGCCAUAUUCAGUUCACACUUUAAGGAGGCCAGUCGCAACGAACAAUUCCACAUUGUACAUCUCGUGGCUAAGGGUGCGUUCGGUGUUGUCUUCAAAGUAAUUAAUAAACACUACGCACAAGAAUUGCAAAACCAGCAGUCACCAGCAGCAGCGGUGCAAAAGCAGGCAGGCGGCAGAUCACCAACGCCCCUACAUCCUGCACCCUUUUAUGCGCUUAAAGUGUUGAAAAAGUCUAGAAUAAUUGAGGAAAAUGGCGUGCAGCAAUUAAAAGACGAAGCGGAUAUCCAGAAGUUGUGUGGCCAUCACCCUUUUAUUGUGCAACAAGUGGAUGCGUGGCAAAAUCGCCGUAAUUUGCAUAUACGUAAGAAAAUUUUAAAAUUCGAAGUUUGGAAUUAUUAUUUUUGGUCUCUUCAAUCUUCAAACACCGAGUUUUUCAUAAUAGGGGUAUUCAUCUAAACACGUAAAUGCCUC